AUGUCCCUCAAAGCUGAACUAACCACGUGGGCCGCCGCCCUCAAAGCCUACGAAGCCGACGACAUGCAAUCCGCCCUCCUCGAUUUUGAAAAGAUUGCCGAUACGAGCAAAGUCAACUGGAACAUGGGCAUCAUCCUCGCCACUAUCGGUCGGCACGAAGAGGCGAUAGACAGGUUUUAUGAGGCGACGAGCUUGGAUAUGUAUAUGACGGUGGGAUAUCAUCAGGCGGGAGUUAGUAAUUUUAUGUUGGGGCAGUAUGAAGCGGCGCAGAAAGAUUUCGAAGAUGCGCUCCUCUACCUCCGUGGUAAUCAAACUAUCGACUACACCCAACUCGGCCUUGCCUUCCGUCUCCACUCCUGCGAAGUCCUCUUCAACUGUGGCCUCUCCAAAAUCUACCUCGGCCAAUUUGACUCUGGCAUCGCCGACCUCCGCGAAGCGGCGGGGUGCAAGCAGACGGCGGAGCAUGGGGUUAUUGAUGAUGCGAUAAGAGAUCAGGGGAGAGAUUAUAAUGUUUUCAGUGUUCCUGUGGGAGUACUUUUUAGACCGUCGGCAAACAAGUUGAAGAACCUGGAAACAAGAGACUACAUGGGUAAAGCAAUCCUAGUAGCAGCCUCAGACGCUUCCGACGCAUACACAACCUUCACCGGUAUCACCCGUCUCCAGCGGGGCCAAAACCCCUCCGGCGCCCCGCUCGAACCCGGUACAGCCCUCGGCAGAUCUGCGUCAGUCUCUCAAGCCGCGCCGAUGGCGACGCCUGUGCAGGCGAGGAUGGCUAGAAGUAAUACUGUGGCUGCGCCGAGGCAGACUGAACCUUUGACUAUGGGUGGGAUGGGUGGUGGGGGGCCGAAGCCAGGGUUGGGCAGGUCAGCUACGCAAAUCCGUCCUACGGUCAAGAUCCCAAAUGAAAGCGCACCCACCAUCCCACUCCCCGCUCCCCUCCGUCAAACCUCUUUCGACUCUUCCUCUUCUUCCUCCCCCCAAUCUGUACCUGAACCUCUCCUCCAAACACCCCAACAAGAACGCCCUUCCAACUCUCUCCGGGUCACCGAGUUGUACGACGAUUACUACAAGUCGCCUGGCGCUUUCGACGAUGAUAUACCGCCAGACUUGCCGCCCAUUGGAGGGAAGAAGAUUGAACAGUGGGCGAAAGGUACACCUUUUGGAGCUUCGCCCGCUGUCCCUCUUUCGCGCAAAGGGAGCGCUUCUGUCUCUUCUGCCCGCGCGCCGCCGUCUGCUUUCCAGAGAGGACCGUCUUCGAGGCGUAUGCCCUCCAUCGCUGGGACAGAGUCGAGCUACAGGGACGACGCGUCUGAGGUCUCUUCAUUCUACGAUAUGGUCAAAAUCAGAGUCAAAGUGCACUACCGCAAUCUCAAACGCGGCAUGUCUGUCUCUCCAGAACAGACCUUUGACGAUUUCAUGAGUGCUCUGGAAGCCAAGUUCCUGGAAAUGUCUGGAGGCGGAGGGGUGCAGGUGAGAUUCAAAGAUGAAGAUGGGGAUGAGCUUUCAAUGCAGGAUGAAGGUGAUUUCGAGGCGGCGGUGGAUGUGGCUAGGGUUCUCGCAAAGGGGAGGGCGGAGGGAAAGUUGGAGAUCUGGGUUGAGUAG